GCUGCACUGCUGCCCAAACCCUAAGGACUUCAGAUCUUUCCUGCACAUACACAUGCUAGCUGGGGACUUUAGUACAUUCCAUAUCAGCCUGAGCCUACCAGUAGCGCCACAUUCACACACAGGAACCAGCAGGACUAUUCCAAGCCACAUACACACCUACAUACAGAAGGUGCCUAGCCAUUAACAGCUGGACUGACAGGAGAAUCUGGAUUACUUUGAUUUUGUGCCUCAUGACUACAAACUAUGUUACAACGUGUACCCCUUCUAUCUAACUAAACAAGCUCCUCUCAUACAUAAAAGAACCUUAGAUUAGAUUCAGCUACACCUUCAGCCACUCUUCUUGGAGGACACUCAGAACUUUAUCACAUCAGGAAAGGAUCCAACCAGCAGAGCACAGAAGUGAAGGGAUGGUAUAAGCUGUCACAGCGUGGGACAUGCUGCCCAUUCACAGGAUGGUGGUCUGUGACGUGUGGCACACGAAGAAUACCAAAGCAAAACAUUCACCAGCAAACUUAAAGACUCUUCAGCUAUUAUGUUAUUCGUUAUUUAUUUUGGCCAUUCCACAGAUAGCUCACACUGACAUUGCCGUUGCUAAAAAUUUUGAUGCUGUUUUCAAUCAACCUUGCAAAGACACAAUAACAACUGAUCUUAACGCAUCUUUACCUGCGUUCACCGUAUGCACAUACAUAAAACUGAACUCCUCUGGCCCUUGGACUGCAUUUACCUACAAUGUGACCACCUCUCCUGCAGACGGAUAUGAGAUUGGCCUGCUAGGUGACAGUGGCAGCAUCACUAUUUGGAUGUUUGGAUCUUAUAUAAGUAUACCUAAAACACUUAACUUACGUACUUGGUAUGAGGCAUGCAUUACCUGGGACAGUAAAACCAAAUUAAUGGAAUUCAUGCUUGAUCAUGCUAUGAUAAAAUACCAAAUUGUGGUAAAUGGCACCAAACUGUCUGGAAGAGGUACCAUAUCGCUCGGCUGCCCCCUGCCCCCAGAAAAAAACAACUCUGAAUCGAUGGGACUGAUUGGAGAAUUGUACAUGUUUAGGAUGUGGAGCAAAGCAGGCAAUUUCUCCAGCUGUGAUGAUGGCGAUGUGCUGUCGUGGAAUUCUAAUUGGAUCGGAAACCAAUUAGUAUUCCAAAAAAAAGGCCUCUCUUUGCCCUGUGCAAUAAAAAUCCUGGAUCUGCCUGCCAGAGACCCUCACACCAAAAGACCUCAGUUGGUCAAUGGUACCCCUCCUGAGCAAAAGCUAAUAGCAAUAAGCAAUAAUUCUGACCCUGCAGGGGCUGUGUUGACAUCAACAAUGACUAGCACAGCAAAACAAGACGUGAAUUUGACUUCAGCAACUUCAGCAACUUCAAGUACAACAAGCCUGAAGACAUCCCAAACAUCUGCCACAACAUCAAUGAUGGCUUCCACAGGAGAAAGUUCCAAAUCUACAAAGAAUGAUUCAACAGCUUCAUACAGUUCUUUUUCAGUAACUGGGAAUCUUUCUAGCACACUGAUUACAACUGUAUCCAACACGACACUUGCAGGUAAUGCUUCUAUUUCACCAGCAGCAACCAGUAUGGCUUCACCAGUGUCAGGAAAUAGUUCGGAACCCACAUUUUACAGCACCACAGUGCCAACAGGAGUUUUAUACUGUGCUGUCAAUACCAGUCUGGCAAAUAAUACUUCGGUUGAUGGGCAGUACUGCAAUGCCUCAUCCCUCUGCAACGGUUCAGCUAUCUACUCUGUGGUUUUUAAUACCACCAGUGAUGAUGAUUGUGACACAAUAAAAGCUACAUUACAGUCAUCAAUUUUCCCACAAAGCAGCACUGUGCCACCAACUCCAACAGCACAGUCAUCAACACAGUCAUCAACAUUCCAGACCUCGGCUACUGAAAGCACAUCGCAAAGUUUCCUGGGAAACAGCACUGUGCCUCCACCACAAUCUUCUACGUAUCAAGUAAAUGUAUCAACUCCUGGUUUUGCCACCAACAGUUCCCUAGCAAACACCACUGUGCUUCCAUCUACAUGUCAGCCACCAUCUACUGGAAUUACCCCCAAAAGGUCAAAAGAAUGCAAUAUUGUUUUGAUAGCACCAGAUGAAAACACAUUAUGUUCCAUACUAGGCACCCUAAAUAAUGCAACUGAGAUCAUACAAGUUGUUGCUGCAGACGUCUGCUGCUGUGAGCCAAAUGUGUGUCCUGUAAAUAUCUCUGAAUAUGAGACAAGAUGUAACAGUAGCAAACAUGUGAACUGUAAAGCACCAGGGCCAGGACCAGGACCAGGGCCAGGGCCAGGACCAGGGCCAGGGCCAGGGCCAGGACCAGGGCCAGGAACAGGGCCAUCGACAAGCACAGGGGCAACAAUAUCUAAAACUACGACCAUUUCAACCAGCUCAAGCACCCCAGAUCUGGGCUACAUAAAUGAUGCCUUGGCUUCCCCCAACCUUAACGCGUCCAUGGUUGACAGCAUUGUAUCACAAAUUGAGCAGAUGUUAACCGGAGAAGUGCAACCGAAUACAGCAACGCAGCUGGUCGGUAUCAUGGACAGUUUUUUAAAUCUUUCCAUGAAUCUGUUAGCACCAGUCUCAAAAAGGUUAAUUGGCAUAGUGGAUAAAAUCACCCUACAGCUUACCUUUCCAGGACAGUCAAUAAAUAUCACUUCGUCUGCUUUGGCCUUGGCUGUUGAAAAAAUUAAUUCCAGCAUAUUCAGUGGAGUAGCAUUCGGAGUUAAAGUAUCAUCAGAUCUGCAGGUGUCCUUAGGUACCAAUGCAUCGCAACAAAAUGAAAACUCUGUCGUCCUUCCUGCAUCACUAUUGAAUGGCUUGUCAUCUACAGACCAAAAUAUCGCCUCCAGGGUUCAGUUUAACUUCUUUGACAAGACCUCUCUGUUUGUGGAUUCCUCUUUGCAAGGAAAAAAACAGUAUUUGGUCAGCACAGUCAUAUCUGCAAGUGUGUCCAACCUUACAUUAAACUAUUUGCAAGAUAACGUCACAGUCCUUCUGCAAACAACCUCCAUCAAGCAGACCAAUGUCUCCAUGCUGUGUGUAUUUUGGAACUUCAAAUUAAACAGUGGCAGAGGCGGAUGGGAUUCAAAUGGCUGCAGUGUAGUAAAGACAACAGUAAACCAGACAAUUUGUACCUGCAAUCAUCUAACAAGCUUUGCAAUACUUAUGGAUGUGUCCAAGGUGAAUCUGAGCCCAGAAGACACCCUUAUCCUUACAUUUAUCACUUACAUUGGCUGUGGCCUCUCUGCAAUUUUCCUUUCUGUGACGCUUGUGACAUACAUUGCAUUUGAGAAAAUACGGAGAGAUUAUCCUUCAAAAAUUCUGAUGCAGCUUUGCGCUGCCCUCAUCUUAUUAAAUCUGACAUUCCUUAUUAAUCCAUGGAUUGCCCUUUAUAACAAUAUACCUGGACUAUGUAUCUCUGCCGCCGCAUUCCUCCAUUAUUUUCUUCUGGUCUCAAUCACUUGGAUGGGGCUUGAAGCUUUCCACAUGUACUUCUCACUAGUGAAAGUCUUUAACACCUAUGUACGGAAAUACAUCUUAAAGUUUUGUAUCGUUGGAUGGGGUGUUCCUGCAGUAGUGGUGGCCAUUAUAUUGGCUGUGAACAAAGAUUUGUAUGGCUUUCAGUCGAAGGGGAAAUACCCAAAUGGAGAUUCAGAUGAUAUCUGUUGGAUUGCUGAUAUUAUAUUUUAUAUAACAGUUGUUGGGUACUAUGGUAUAGUAUUCCUGAUGACCAUCAGUAUGUUUAUAGUAGUCAUACUACAGCUGUGCCGAAUCAAGAAACAGAAACAACUUGGCUUCCAAAAGAAAAUCACAUUGCAGGACAUGAGGAGUGUGGCCGGAAUAACAUUCCUGUUGGGUAUUACAUGGGGACUGGCUUUCUUCUCGUGGGGACCAGGGGGUGUUGUCAUUGUAUAUCUUUUCACGAUCUUCAACACACUGCAAGGUUUCUUUAUAUUCAUCUUUUACUGCGUUGCCAAGGAAAAUGUUCGUAAGCAAUGGAAACGAUAUCUUUGCUGUGGAAAAUUCAGGCUGGCAGAAAAUUCUGACUGGAGCAAAGCAACCACUAACAAACUAAAGAAACAAGUGUCAAAGCAAGGAGCGUCUAGUAGCUCCAGCAGCUCCAUUCAGUCCAGCGGAAACUCCAAUUCUACUACACUACUAGUUUCCAAUGAAUAUUCACCCAAUCCAACUGUAAAUGGCAAUGCUUUAAAAGAAAGAAAUGGGCUUUCGUUCACACUCCAUAACAAGGAACUUCCACUCUAUGAAAUUCCAGUGAAAGCUCCCGUUAAAGCUUCCAUUUCAAAUGAAAGGCCACAAACAUCAGUUAGAAGGACUUCAAAAAUGGGCAAUGUGCAUUUCAUGGAUCAAAAGUAAUUUGUGAUGUUUCAGUCCCUGGAUUCCUAGGUGUAAAUUCAGGAUUUAUGGAAAACAAAAAAAGAGGAUGUUUGCUUCAUGCUAAAACAUUGAUUCGAAUCAAAGGGGAAAUAAACACCGUAUUCAACAUGAGCAAAAUAAGAAGGGUUUGAGAUGAAAACACACUUCUUAUUUAUUGCUUUUUCCCAGUGCAUUAUACACAAGGACUCAACUGGCAAGAGUAAUUUGAUCAACUGCUCUCUUCCCCUCCCACAGAAGCUUUGAAGAACCAAUUAAGUUGGAAAAGUCAAGUACUUUUAUUGUAAUGUUGCUGCACUGUUUAUUGAAAUGAAUACAAAUUCUAGAUACAUUUUAUUAAAAGAAUAGGAAGAAAGUAUCCUAUUUGGCAAAAAUACAAAUCUUUGGUAUCUUAGGUAUCUGAACACCUCUUCCAGUUUUAGGGAACAUCAUGUGAGAAUGAACGGUUACUGCCAAAUCUUUAACUUGGAUUGUGGUUUGGCAAAUGACAAAAGGAAAAAACCUACCUGAAUGCAAAAAAGUAAAUACCAUUUGGUAGAGGAGGAAUAUUGUUCUGGGGCUGUUCUUCAUGGUUCCAGCUAGGUACCAUGGUUGCAGAAAACAAACAUUAACGUGAUAGCAUACAAUUACAUUUUUGGCAAUUCAAUAUUUUGUUUGUUGUGGCAACAGUUUGGGGAAGGCUCUUUCCUGUUUCAGCAUGAUAAUAAACAUAUUCACAAAGUGAGGUCCUCACAGAACUGCUUUGCUGGUGGCUGUGAAUGAAUUUUACUGGGCUGCUCAGAGCUUUUAUCUUAACUCUACUGAACCCUUAUUAAAUGAAUUGGAACUCUGACUGUGGGUCCUGAUUAUGCCUACAGUACCCACACUCAUUAAGGCUCUUGGGGCUGCAUGGAAGCAAGUCCUACCAACAAUGUGCCAACAUCAGUUAGAAAGACUCCCCAGAAGAGGAGAGGCUGUUAUAGCUGCAAGGGGAGGGCCAACUUCAUACUCUUUGUUUCAGAAUGAAAUGUUCGACAAGCAGGUGUUUGGACAGUUUUGCCCUAUAGGGUAUGUCCAACAGAGGGGACCCUUUCUAAUGAAGUUAUGUUGAACACAGGUGUAUAUUGCCUCUUGCACUGAAUUUGACUGAAGUGUAUUAACCCUAAUUUGUAGCCACCAGUAUCUCAUCUUACAUUGGAUAUUUUAGAAAAUAAAUUUUGUAAGAGUUGCUCUUGACUAAAAAAUGCAAUAUGUAGAGUGAAGACAACAGAGCAGAGCCAUAUAUAGUGGCGGCAGGGAGGAUUGCCUUGGGCCCAGCAUAUAGUAGUAGGAAAAUCAUAUAAAGCCCUGAAGUAGACCACAAAGUUUCUGUUCCUUUUGACAGUUUAGCACUGAUAGAAAUCAGACUCUGCCUCUGGAAAGGGACUGUGGCAUACAAGCUACAGUAUGCCAAGAUGGCAAUGUUUCAACUAAAACUAUACGUUUUACAGUAUGCAAAAACUGUUGUGCCAGACGGCCCAGCAUGUUGGUACUUCAGAGCAGGACCAAGAUAUCCAGGAGAUGCCACUAUGUCUACUGUCUUGGUUAUUUUUAGUUUUAGUUUUUGGUUCCUAUUGUACAUCUAUCAAAACUCAUAAUCUGUACUGUACUUAUAUUUUUUAUAUAUAUUUAAUUUAUAUAAUGGCAGUUUUUUUGUUGUAAAAUAAGUAUCAAUAUGUAUUAAAUAAUUCUCGUAUUUAACAUAGACCGUGUUUUAAUUUUGGCAAGUGCCAAUAAGAGUAACAUAAACCUCUCCACUAUAGAAAAAGGAAAAGAUCAGCCUAACAAAAGGCUUUAUUUCAUUAACAGCACUGAUAUCUGUGGUACAGUUACAAGUAGUGUUUGUAGAAUAAUUUUCAAUGAAUACGGUACACAGGCAAUUUUGAUCACCAAAAUCCGACCAAAUGCAAUGAUACCUCUCUUCCAUUAGAUUGAAAAUAAAUUGCUAAUGAUAUCUAGUGAAACACAGUACCCACAUAAAGAAAUAAUCACAUUAGGGCAAUCAUGCCCAGAUUUGUUGGAAGGCCACAAAGGUCCGGAGCUAUGGUGACAAGUUUUUCAGGGCGGCAUGCCAUCCAGCUGCAUCUGUAAUUUACCAUUCCUGUAGACACCCAGAGUAUUGCAUUCCGCAGUGGUGCGGGUGUCUGUAGGAACUAGUGUGCUUGACGGUAAUGUGUAUGUGUGCAAACACACAUUGCUUGGGGAGGGGGGGGGCAGGUGCGGGGUGGGCUUAAGACAGCCGGCCUUGGGGUUCAUUUUAUUGAAAUCUGGCGCUGAGAAUACAGUGUGCCAUAGAGCAGCCAUUUCUGUUUCAACUGAAUGUGAAGCCAUUGCCAACAGAGAAGGGCAUUUAUAUGCAGCCCGGACUGGCAAUCUGUGGAUUCUGGCAAAUACCAGAGGGGCUGCUGUAAGUUGUCAUAGACAUUCACUAUUUAUUGGGCCAGUGAUGGGCUAUUUGUGCCUCUAUGUACUUGAAAUACCAGUUCCAACUUGAAUCCCAGUCCAGACCUGUUUAUAUGGAUCAAAAAUGGCCGUAUGUCACAUGUUGUAAUGUGCUCUGGCACAACGAGCUUCACUACAUAAUAAGCCAGGAAAAGCAACAAAUACUAAUGUACAAUGUAAUUUGUACCUGCUUUUCAUGUUGUUUCUAUACAAAGAUGAACUGUACUUUACUCAUGCCUUCUACAGAAGAUAACUGUUUGUUACUUUGAGAUCCAUGACUUCUGAUCUAUGUAAUGAAAGGUGCAAAGUCUGCUCCAGGUCUAGUCACCUAUCAGAAGGUAACAUUUGGUUGCUGGAGGUUACUGUACCUGGGCAAAUGUUGUGCCGAGUGGACAACUACAUGUAAAAUGUUGACCUGCGCUGUUCUGUUGUACUAUUGCAUUUUACUUUUAUUAAAACUUUAGGCCAUUAAUGAAA